UUUCAAUUCCUUGUUUGUUUCUUUUCGGAACCACGUUCUGCUUUAAACACCGGCGCUUGGCAAGCUCUUUUUAAAAGUCAUAGUAAUUGCACUAUUUCAGUCAUAAUGGAACCUGUUGAGUCUGUCAAGCGAUUGGAAACGCUAUACAAUGAAGCUGCAAAAGAAGUAAAUGCAAUUGAAAAUCUAACAAAUGAUGUCAGUUUGCCACAGGAAGUUUCAACUUUGCAAACUGAAAAUGAAAAAUUGCAAUAUCGAAUCAAUAUUUUGAAGAGACAUGCUGAAGAACUGACUGAAACUAUAGCACUCCAGGGAUCCAUUUUGAAUGUUUUGCAAGAUGCUUUUGCAGUUGCUAUCAGACAAGGCUUUCCUGAAUUAGAAAACUUUCAAUGCAAUGUUACCAGAUCAACAUCAGAAAAGUUUGGUGACUAUCAAUGCAAUAGUGCAAUGAAUAUUGCUCAAAUAAUGCGUCAGCGAGGUUUAAAGAUGGCACCUAUGGAAUGUGCUGAAAAGAUUGUAGCCAAUGUUUCUUGCCCUCUAGUAAUAGAAUCUUUGGAAAUUGCUAAACCUGGAUUCAUUAAUGUCAAAGUGAAAACAAUUUUCUACAGCCAGCGUAUAUCUUAUUUGCUGAAUGAAGGUGUUAAACCUCCUCCUAUGAAGAAAAGAAGAAUAAUUGUUGAUUUUUCAUCCCCUAAUGUUGCAAAAGAAAUGCAUGUUGGUCAUUUAAGAUCUACGAUUAUUGGAGAAAGUAUAUGCAGACUCUUGGAAUAUUCAGGCAAUGAUGUUCUUCGGCUGAACCAUAUAGGUGAUUGGGGAACUCAGUUUGGAAUGUUAAUUGCUCAUUUACAAGAUAAAUUCCCUGACUAUAUGGAAAAAUCACCAUCUAUCCAAAAUCUCCAAGAAUUUUAUAAGGAAUCUAAGAAGAGAUUUGACAGUGAUGAAGAAUUCAAGAAAAGAGCAUAUUCUUGUGUAGUAAAGUUGCAGAACUAUGAACCAAAUAUAAUAAAGGGCUGGAAACAGAUUUGUGAUGUCACCAGACAAGAGAUAGGCAAAAUUUAUGAACGUCUGGAUAUAAAAAUUACUGAAAGAGGUGAAUCUUUUUAUCAAGAAAGAAUGAAAAAAUUAGUUAAAGAACUAGAAGAACGAGGUGUUUUAGUUGAAGAUGAAGGCAGGAAAGUGCUUUUUGUUGAAGGUGUAAAUGUACCUCUGACAAUUGUGAAAUCAGAUGGUAGUUACAUGUAUGCUACUUCAGAUCUUGCUGCUAUACGACAAAGAGUUGAAGAAGAAAAAGGUGACUGGUUGAUUUAUGUUGUGGAUGCUGGUCAGUCUUUGCAUCUGGAAUCUGUUUACAAAGCUGCAAGGAUGCUUGGAUUUUGUCCCCCAGAAGUUCGGACUGAUCAUGCUGCAUUUGGAUUAGUACUUGGGGAAGACAAGAAAAAAUUUAAAACACGAUCUGGUGAUACAGUGAAACUUGCAGAAUUGUUAGAUGAAGGUCUACAAAAAAGUUUAUUGAAACUGAAAGAAAAAAAGAGAGAUGAAGUACUUACUCCUGAAGAACUGAAAGCUGCUCAAGAAGCUGUAGCUUAUGGAUGCAUCAAAUAUGCCGAUUUAAGCCAUAACAGGAUGCAUGAUUAUGUUUUCUCUUUUGAUAGGAUGUUAGAUGACCGAGGAAAUUCUGCUGUUUAUUUAUUAUAUUCGCUAGUCAGAAUUAGAUCUAUUGCACGAAAUGUGAAUAUUGACGAGGAUACCUUGAAAAAAGCAGCAAAAACUACCAACAUUGAACUGACACAUAAUAAAGAAUUGAAACUGGCUAAGAUUAUAUCCAGAUUUCAAGAAAUAAUAAUCAAUGUUAUUGAAGAUUUAUCUUUACAUACACUUUGUGAUUAUUUGUAUGAAUUAUCUGUAACAUUUUCCGAGUUUUACGACAAUUGUUAUAUUAUUUCAAAAGAAUCAGGUGAGGUGAAAGAUGUGAAUAUGAGUCGCUUACUUCUAUGUGAAGCCACAGCCAGCAUUAUGACUACAGGAUUUCACAUUUUAGGGUUGAAGCCUUUAGCUAGAAUGUAAUUUACUUUUAAAAUUAUUUUUCAAAAUAAAUGAGCAAAAUACUUUUA